GGGAUGAAGACGAUGGAAAAGCAGGAGCUGGAGAUGACAAGGAUGAGGAAGAUGACGUGGCAGACGCUGGCGUGGAGAAUGAGGUUUUUGAGGAGAUUUUUGUGUUGACGUGAAGUCUAAUGACUGCCGAUCACUACGCCUCUGUGGGGCAAAAACGGCGAGAGUUGAAUUGACGAGCGGGAAGCUUUGUGUGACAACCCCGCCCCGACAUGAGGACGCGUAAUUGUCGCAACCGUCAUCAAGGACACCGCGAUCCCUAUCAACGCGAUCCCGAUCAUCGCAAUCGUUGUCAACUCAAGUACAAGACCAUCGUCGCGAUCGUCAUCAAGGCCACCGCGAUCCUGAUCGUCGCAAUCGUCAUCAAGGCCACCGCGAGCCCGGUCGUCGCAAUCGUCAUCAAGGCCACCGCGAUCCCGGUCGUCGCAAUCGUCAUCAACUCCUCAAGUGCACAGAGCGCGGGAGAAAGGAGGGAAGGAGCGCGGGAAGAACGAAGGGAGGCGAGGAGCGCGGGAGAAAGAAGGAAAGGAGCGCGGGAGAAAGAAGGAAAGGAGCGCGGGAGAAAGGAGGGAAGGAGCGCGGGAAGAACGAAAGGAGGAAAAGAGCGCGGGAGAAAGGAGGGAAAGGAGCGUGGGAGAAAGGAGGAAAAGAGCGCGGGAAGAACGAAAGGAGGAAAAGAGCGCGGGAGAAAGGAGGGAAAGGAGCGCGGGAGAAAGGAGGAAAAGAGCGCGGGAGAAAGGAGGAAAAGAGCGCGGGAGAGAAAGGAGGGAAAGGAGCGCGGGAGAGAGGAGGAAAAAGAGCGCGGGAGGAAGAAAGGAGCGCGGGAGAAAGGAGGCAAAGGAGCGCGGGAGAAGGCGGGAGAAAGAAGUAAAGGAGCGCAGGAGAAAGGAGGGAAAGGAGCGCGGGAGAGAGAAGGAAAAGGGGGAGGGGCGCGCCAAUGGCGGCCGCAAGCGCCAGGGGAUCGGCGGGAGGAAGUCGAGCGGAGUUACGUGGUGGGGUCAGGGGGGAUGAAUCUGGACAGUCUGCCACGUCAGAGACUGAGGAGGUUGGCUGUGAAAGCCAAAACCACGGCGAGGAGGGAAUUAGUACAGCUGGAGGCUUCGAUUAGCAGCUUGGGAUUAAGCGAGGGGGCAUUAAUAUCUUCCGUUCCUGCUAAAGAAAUCCAACUGGGUCCUCUCGUCAGACAGCUCUCGCCUUGCUCCGGUCCUGAGAGUGGAGGUAACGUGGUGCAUAUUCAUGGGAGGGGGUUUUCAAGCACUCGGGAUAAACCGUUGCUUGCGCGAUUCGGCUCCACCGUCGUGGAAGUCACACGAUUGACACAAGAGGUUGGAAGGUGUAUUGCUCCCGCUCACCCACCCGGGCCAGUGGCUGUCGAAGUCUCGAUCGGCGGCUCCCUGUGGACUCGUGACGACAUCGUGUACACCUACAUCUCCCGCCGUCCACCUCUGGACGAGCCGAUUGCUGUCCGAUCGCUCAGCUGUGCCUCAAUUGCCACCAUCCAGGAGCUCGAACGCAGCGCGAUGCGUCAUCAAAGAGGCUUUUGAACAUCUGCUGUGGUGCCAAUCUACCCUGUGGGCUGGGGAGCGACCCGGGUUGGUUGGUGUUCCCCCGUACUAUACGUAGACCAGCGAGAGGAUGACAGAAAUGUGUACUAGCAAGAAGAUGAGAUAGAUGAGAGAAGAAUAUAAAAAAAUUUAAAAAAGAGGCUUUCCCUUGUUGCCACAACAACCGCUGCGUCACUGUCGUUGUUGUUGUUGUUGUUGUCAACAAAAUGUGCUUCUUGUU